AUGAACGAGUUCGGAGCGGGGUUCGCGGGCAUUCUGAGCCGCAAGGGGCGCGAGAACCCCACGUUCAACGAUUGGAACGCCGUGCUUGUCGUCUAUUGCGACGGCGGACUCUACGCCGGCGCGCGCGGCGCCUACACCGCCAAUCUGACGAGCCCGUUCUUCCUCGAAGGCCACGCCUCGCUGGCCAGCGUCAUUCACGAUUUGCGGUUGCGCGGGCUGGGCUCCGCGCGCAACGUGCUGUUUAGCGGAUGCUCCGCGGGCGCACAGGCCGUGGCGAUGACGUGCGACGCCAUGGCGCGCGCGCUGCCGUCCGCCUCUGUCAAGUGCCUCAUGGACGCGGGAUUCUUCCUCGACACGCCGGACAUCCAGGGGCGGCUGACGUGGCGGCAGAGCGUGGAGCGGCUGUUCAAGUUCCACCGCAUGGGGCUCGGCAUUCCGCCCGCGUGCCGCCAAGGGCAUUCCCCCCCGCCUGCCGCCAAGGUCUCCUCAAAGGUCAUCGCGCAUGGGGCUAGGCAUUCACCCCUCGCCUCCCCUCCACUCUCCAAUGCCCCACACGUGUCCUUGCCACUCCCCCCUUUCCCCUCAGCCCACGCACAGCAGCCGUGGAAGUCACACGCGCAGCAGCCGUGCAAGUGCCUGCUCCCGCAGUACAACCUGCCCUUCCUGCGCACGCCCCUGCUCGUCGUCAACAGCCUACAGGACGAGAUAGCAGUCAAGAUGACCUUGCCUUGCCCCACACUAGCCCCACCACCCUCUCUCCCACCCUCACGGCUCCUCCCCUCCUCACAUUCUCCUCCCCCUCCAUCUCCCCCGUUCCUCCCCCCCCCCCUUCCCCCCACUCAGCACACGCACAGGAACCCUGGAAGUGCCUCCUCCCGCAGUACAACCUGCCCUUCCUGCGCAUGCCCCUCCUGGUCCACACGCGCAGCAGCCAUGGAAGUGCCAGCUUCCACAGUACAACCUGCCAUUCCUCCGCACGCCGCUGCUCGUCGUCAACAGCCUACAGGACGAGAUCCCCGCCCCCCUGCAACAUACCAUACCCCCACGCCCAGGUUCCCCAUCUUCUCCCCCACCCUCACGGCACCUCCCCUCCCAUUUCCCUCCUUUGUUUUCCCUCUCUCUCCCGCUUCCCCACACACAGCACAUGCACAGGAGCCAUGGAAGUGUCUCCUCCCGCAGUACAACCUGCCAUUCCUCCGCACGCCGCUCAUGGUCGUCAACAGCCUACAGGACGAGAUCGCCGUCAAGAUGACGUUCGCCCCGCCCCUCAUCAACGGCUCCGUGCGCAUCCAGAAGUGCAUGGACAACAGCCCGCUCUGCCCCGCACCCUACCGCACCGCACUCCACCGCUACCAGGGCCGGCUGGCGCGCACCGUGCUGGGGAUACAGCGGGUGAAGCGGCAGCAGGGCGUGUGGUUCGAGUCGUUUCUGAUGAACUCUACGGCGCACUGUUCCGCGGUGUAUGGGGAGUGGGUGGGCAAGGUGGACGUGCUGGGCAGGCAGCUGCCUAGGGUGGUGGAGGAGUGGUUCUUCCAUGGGAAGGGUGGCGGGGCUGGGCGGACGGGUGGUGUGGGGGCGGGGAAGAGUGGAGUUGGGGCGGGGGCAGGUGGUGCGGACGUGGGGGCAGGAGGUGUGGGGAAAGGUGGUGCGGGGGCGGGUGGUGCGGGGGGGCCGGGCAAGGCAGGGGGAAGCAGCCCCACGAGACCAGCGGGGAGCAAAGGGGCGAGCAAAGGGGGGUGGGCGGGAGGGAGACAAGGGGGGGCGAAGCCAAAGGCUCCUGGCGUGCAGACAGGCAGUGCGGGCCCCGGGAAAGUAGUGCCCGGGACAGGGGGUGCUGGGAAAGUGCCCGGGACAGGGGGGGCUGAUCAGAUGGGCGCGGGGGGAAGCCAGGGCGGAGAGAAGGGCGCGGGGGGAGCAGCAGGGAAGGGGCAGCAGCAGCAGGGGGCAGGAAAGAGCGUUGUGAAGCAGCCUGGGACAGGCAUAGGGAAGGGGCCUGGCGUGGGGGCAGGUGCAGGGGCAGGGGCAGGGAAGGCGCCGGGAGGGCAGAGAGGGGCGCUGUGGCCCGGUGUGAAGGGAGUGAGAGGCAAGGGGCGGGGUGGGCUGGCUGGGACGAGCAGUGAGGAGCAGGUGGGGGGCAGGUCGCAUAGAGGAGGGGGGAAGAGUGGGAUGAGGAAGAAGGGCGGGAAGGGGAAGGGCGGGAGGAAAGGGAGAAAGAGUGGGAAGAGGAGAGGAGGGACGAGUGGGAGGAAAGGAGGAGGGAAGAGUGCGGGGAGGGGAGUUGGUAGCAAAGAGGGGGGAAGGCGGAGCGAGGCACAUAGCAGCGGGCCUGAAGCGGUGAUAGUGACAGAGGAGUGUGGGGGCAGGGCAAGGCAGGAAUGUUGA